AUGAGAUUGAAUAUUCUACCGAUCAGUCUGGCUUUGGCCUUGCAAGUUAUAGCUGCACCCUCUGAAUCGGAGCUGCAAAAGCGCUAUCCAACAGGAUCCUUCUCCAUUCUUGCCUACGGUGUCGCAUCCGACGGAGUGAAAGUCUUUUAUUCGGAUGGACUCGCAUAUGUCGGCGAUUCGUCUCAGUGGGUGUCUGGAUCGGUGACAACCGAUGUUACAUUUGUCUUCAAUAACUCCCAGAUCAUCGCCACGGCCACCAACAAGGAUUACACCUUUGAAUCUGACACAUUCUUCUACAUCCGUCCCACGCCUAAUAAGGUGCUACCUGUGGGCUUCACUGGGGACGAUGAUACACCGGACGAUGCGAAGGUAGAUCAAUUUCUUUUCUAUGGCAGGUAUCUCAUGUGGCAAAAUGAGAAUGGACUUCUGCACGAUUCGUUCCGUCUGAAGGCUACGGAUGUCGACGAUAUUUACCAGCUCUACUGGGACACUUCGAACCUUUAUCCUUCUGGAUUCUUGGUUCCGACCGUGAAGUCGUCCGUUUAG